AAAUUUACAUCCGAUUCACUGAAGAAACUGCUUCGACGACACCGUCUUAGACAGCCUCGUCUAAAAUGGGGAAUUGCUUGCAGAGCGUUGGUUGUUUUACUUGCUUGCCGAAGAAUACUAAUAUUCGACCGAGUUUCCCGGCUGUGUGCUUCGUCUGGCAGAUAGCUAUGAUCAUCCUCUUCGGCGUCUUCAUCCGCUAUGAUGCCGAAUCCGAUGCUCAUUGGCCUCAAUACAAAAAAUCUCACAACAUAACAAGCGACAGCGAGAAUGACUUUUACUUCAGAUACCCAAGUUUCCAGGAUGUCCACGUGAUGAUCUUCGUUGGCUUCGGCUUCCUCAUGACCUUCCUGAAACGCUACAGCUUCGGAGCUGUGGGUUUCAAUUUCCUGAUCGCUGCCUUUGGGAUCCAGUGGGCUUUGCUGAUGCAGGGCUGGUUCCAUUCCUUGGACUACACUGAUGGGAAGAUCAAAAUCGGAGUGGAAAACUUAAUCAACGCUGAUUUCUGUGUGGCGGGAUGCCUGAUUGCGUACGGCGCCGUGCUCGGCAAGGUCAGCCCUGUCCAGCUGCUGGUCAUGACCCUCUUUGGUGUCACACUUUACGCCGUGGAGGAAUUCAUCAUUAUCAGCAUCCUACAUGCUCAGGAUGCUGGUGGCUCCAUGAUAAUCCACACCUUUGGGGCCUACUAUGGUCUGGCCAUCUCCUGGGUGCUUUAUCGGCCAAACCUGGACCAGUGCAAACGUCUGCAGGGCUCUGUGUAUCAUUCAGAUGUUUUUGCCAUGGUUGGCACACUCUUCCUGUGGAUGUUCUGGCCCAGCUUCAACUCCGCCACGGUGUACCAUGGUGACGGCCAGCACAGGGCAGCCAUUAACACCUACCUGUCCCUGGCGGCUUCUGUCCUCACCACCAUGGCCAUCUCUAGCCUCUUCCAGAAGAAGGGAAAAUUGGACAUGGUUCACAUCCAGAACGCCACUCUGGCUGGUGGUGUAGCCGUCGGCACGGCCGCUGAGUUCAUGCUGAUGCCAUAUGGCUCCCUGAUCGUGGGCUUUUUCUGUGGCAUCAUCUCAACUCUUGGUUACAUCUAUAUCACACCUUUCUUGGAGAAACGGCUGAAGAUUCAGGACACCUGUGGGAUCCACAAUCUCCACGCCAUGCCCGGUGUGAUUGGGGGCAUCGUGGGGGCCAUCAGUGCUGCGGCUGCCACAGAACAUGUCUACAGCUCUGAGGGGCUGAUCAACACCUUUCAGUUUGAGGGGCCAAUUCAAAACAGGGUCCCGACCGUCCAGGGAGGGUACCAGGCAGCAGCGAUGUGUGUGGCUCUUGUCUUUGGCAUCGGAGGAGGGAUUUUGGUUGGCAUUAUCCUGAAGCUUCCCAUCUGGGGAGAUCCUGCAGACGAUGGCUGCUUUGAUGAUGAGGUAUACUGGGAGCUGCCUGAGGAUGAAGAGAGCAUCCCACCUGUCCUGGAGUACAACAACCACAUGACCAACAAGCACCGUGACAUGUCUCAGUCCAGCUUCUCUGUGGAGCAGAGCUAGUGUCCCCAGUCAGCACUCUUCCACCUCAGCGACGGGCAAAUCAUUGCCCCACAUUUUGGGACAAAUAAUAAAUUACUUCUUAAAGUUUAGUUUAUAUGGACUGGGAAUGUAUUGCUGAGUGUUUAUAAUAUCCUCAGUGUAUUAACAGAAAUGUUUCAUUUAGAGUUUUCCAUUCCUUCCCUGGAUGCCUGUGCCCCCUUUCCUGGAUGUCAUGCUCUGUGACACAUCAGAUCUUUUCCCAUAAACCCCUAACCCUUCCCUUUAUAAUGUUCUGUGUUUGUGGAAUGCAUUAAGCAAAAACAUCCUAUUAUUGUCAUAUAAGAUAACAGUGUGACACAUGGCAUUUACAAUAUCUCCUAUUCACAUGUACCAUUUGUUGUGGGCAGUUAAGUUUUAUUUAUGUAAACCCAUUAUAUGAUAUGUGCGUACUACUGAAUGGGCUAAGUUUACACCAUGUGUAUAGACACCUUAGUUCUUGACAUAAAACCCACUCCAUGAUGCUUCAUGCUUUUUUUCUAUUAUAGAAUGUAGUACUCUGUAAUAGUAUGCUAGGGAUGUAGUAUUUCUGUUUCAAGAUGCAUCUCAAGACUUUCUAUAUGGCACUUUUGAAGUAGCAAAAGUUAAGUAUCAAAUCACUCACUGUUUUCCUUGAAAAUCCUAAGUUAUCAGGUACACAGUUUAGAUAAUUGUGAUUAUUCUUUUUUCAAUUUCCAUCCAGUUUAUUUGACACGCACAAUUCCCUCAUUCAUUUAUUGUCUUAGUUGUAGCACUCUGAGUAAACUGAGGUUUGAAUGUUUUGUAUGUCAAGAAUAGAUGAUUUGCACAGAAGCUUGUUCUCUUUUCUAAGAAAGCAAUAAAGGGCUGCAUACUUAUA